AUGCCUUCUCACCCUCAUGAGCACCGUGGGAACCUUGGUUGUGGGAAAGUUUCCGAUUUUAUGGUGUGUGUGCAAGAGCCACGAAAUCCCCUGGUAGAGGAUGCUCACCAGCAGCUCAGUGAGGAAAUAGACCCAAUGCGAAAUGUGUAUAAGAGACAGGGUUUUAGUCGGUUGCCAGUGUUUCUCAAAUGUGCAACAAAUAACAAGGCGUCAACAGUUUUGGAGGCAUUUUAUGGUGCAGUCGAACGUUAUGGUCUCCCCCUUCGUUUGCGUUCGGAUGCUGGUGGAGAGAAUGUUAAACUAUGGCAGUACAUGAAUGAACACAGAGGUGAGAGAAGUGCAAUAAUAGGCAAGAGCACUCACAAUCAAAGGAUCGAAAGGCUUUGGCGAGACGUUUUUGAGGGAUGUUUGCACCAUUUCUACCAACUAUUCCAUUACCUAGAGGACGAUGGUAAAUUAGACCCUUUACAGGAGGUACAGUUGUUUGCCCUUCAGUAUGUGUAUACAUCCCGGAUUAACCAGUCGCUCGAAGAAUGGUCAUCGGCAUGGGCUGGUCAUCGUCUUCGUACCGCUGGGAAGACACCGUUCCAGUUGUGGUAUGAUGGCCAAGUGGAGAACCCAGUUGGUAUACCAGAGCAUGAAUUGGACUUGCAUCAUUCUGGAAGUGAUGAUGAAGAAUACGAAAAUGAAAUAUCUCAGGUGUGUGUGAAAUGUCUCUUAUACACAUCUAGAUGUUUAUAA